AUGAGACUUCUUACGCAUAACUUUUUAAAAUGCAACGAAACCCAGUGUAAUGGGGGAUAUCCGCUUUCAGUGGCACUGAACAAAGAUGCAGAGGAAAAUAUGAAAAUACUAGAACAAGAAAUUAAUGUAGAAUUUGUAAAAAAUGUUUUAACGAAGGUGGACUAUGACGUUUUGUAUCAAACGGCUAAACAGCUAGGGAUAAAUUUGCUGCCUAGCUACACAAGUCAACACCUUGAGGAUGAGGAAUUCCUGAACUCAGUUCACCAUGCCCUUUUUAAGGUGCACAUAAUGGAAGGAACGUUAAUAUGCCCCAAAUGCAAUGCUUCCUUUCCGAUAAAAGAUGGUAUUCCAAACAUGCUAUCGGGAAACGAGAACCAAACGGCGUGA